GCGGUUAAUUAGCACACAGCUAAGGGGUACUGUUUACCAGCAAAUCCAAGAUGGUGCGCAGCAGAAGUCGUAGUCGUUCACCUAGGCGAGAAAGAAAACGUUCAUCAUCAAGAGACAGGAGAAGACGUAGAGAUCGUCGUCGGAGUCGUUCACGCUCACGUUCUCAAACACGUCAUAAGAGAAGAUCGAGAUCUCGCUCACCCCGCAAAUCCAGAAGAAGUAGAUCCAGGUCACGGUCCCCAAGGAGAAAAAGGAUAAGAUCACCACAUAGACACUCACAUUCAAGGUCCCCUAGUAAAACAGAUCCUGAUGCGUCAGGCUCACAAUAUAUUGAUGAAUCUGAAUUAGAAGGUAAAAGUGAAGAAGAGAUAGAAAUGAUGAAGUUAAUGGGUUUCAGUGGAUUUGACACAACAAAGGGUAAACAUGUUCCUGGAGCCAACAAUGCAUUUGCCGUCAGUAUCAACCGCAAAAGGAAAUAUAGACAAUACAUGAACAGAAGAGGAGGUUUUAACAGGCCGUUGGAUUUUAUUGCUUAAUUUUUACCUUAGGUAUAUUUACAUUGUUGUAAUCACAAGAUUUACUUUGAAGAAAACCAAUAAGUCUUACCCCCGGUACGUCUGUAUAAAAACUGUACAAGUUGUCCCAAGUUUUGAGCGUUAUUAUGAAAUACAUUUUGUUUAUACCUUAUGUUGGCAAAAUAGUUUUAAAUUCUCUUGUUGCUUGAUUACCAUGUGUCUGACAAUGUAAUCCACUCACUGUUAUCAAGAAUGUGCAGUGUACUGAACAUCUUGAUUUUGGAUCAAAAAUGUAUUUUUCUUUCAUAUACAAAAUAUUAAUUGUGACAGCUUUGUAUCAGUACUUUCAUUGUAAGAUAUCUCUGAGUUAUGAGUAUUCAUGAAAAACUGGGGCAAAUAAACGCCUUUUUCUCUUUCUACUACAUCUCAGCAAGUUCAGUGAAGUUGCAGCACUAAGGGAAAUCUAACCUAUUCAGAACAGUUAUGUUUUUUUAAUAUAAUAAACUUAUAAGAAUGAA